AUGGCAAAUUCUGACACAUUAAAUAUUACAGAAAAUCCAAUAAUUGAUGAGAGUAUUGAAAAAUUUGAAUACCAUGAAUAUUCUCCUAAAAUUGCAAAUUUUGAUAACCCUGGUACUGAAAUAAGUAUAACUAUUAAUGAGGAAAGCUUGUUUACACUUCCAUCUGAAGCUUAUAUUUUGAUUGAAGGAAGACUACUAAAAGCAGAUGGAACAUCUUAUGCUAAUGCAGAUGCCGUAACACUUAUAAACAAUGGUCUUAUGUACUUAUUUACUAGAGCAGAAUAUCAAUUAUCUGGUCAAAGUAUAGAAAAUAUUAAUUAUUUAGGUAGAGCAACUACAAUGUUAGGAUUACUCAAAUAUCCUAAUUACUUUCAAAAUGUCCAAGGUAUGAACCAAUUAUGGUUUAGAGAUUCAUCAACGACUGCAGCGAUUGCAACAAAUCUAGGAUUUCAAGCAAGACAAUCUUAUUUAAUUCAAGAGCCAAACACAAAAGGAAAAUUUUCCUUUUGCGUACCUCUAAAACAUAUUUUUGGAUUCUGUGAUACUUAUGAUAAAGUUGUUUUUGGAUUAAAACAUACACUUACUCUAAUUAGAGAAAGUGAUAAUAAUGCAAUUUUUAGAGGCACAGGUGCAGCUGUUGGGCAAGUCAAUCUUACUAAAGUAUCACUUUUUAUGCCACAUGUUACGCCAUCUCUUGAAUAUGAAAAAAUACUUAAAGACAUAAUUAAAUCAAAAAAAACACUUCCAUUAUCUUAUAUUGGAAGGCAAUGUGAAUCAAAAAAUGUUGAUCCAGUUACUGAUUUUAAUUGGACGCUGAAUAUAACAACAACUAAUCAACAAUUCUCAAGAGCUUAUAGAGAUGCAACUCUAUUUACUGAAAAGUUAUAUGGAUUGAAUGAAUUUAUUUCACAAUGCAGCAUAAAUCCACAAGACUAUAAAAAUUUAUAUCCACUUUUUGUUUUUGAUGUAAGUAAACAAAUGGAAGUUACAAAACCAUCAAUAAUAGAUGUGCAAUUUAACGCAACAUUUAAUACAGCUGUUCCAGCAAAUACUAUGGCAUAUGCAGUUAUAUUGUCUGAUCGAAUAGGACAACUUAAUGCUGAUGGAAGCAAACUUCAAUAUAUACAUUAG